AUGAAUAGCUUAUCAUUAUGUACUCUGUUAACUAUUCGACAUAAAGGUUAUAUUGAAAAAUUUUCUCCAGCAAAUACAUGUGAUUUAUUUGAAAAAUAUGGUCGUGUUGUACAAGAAAGUAAAAAUAAAAAUUGGCAUAUACCAAUAAUACUUAUUCUUACUUUAACUGAUCUUUGUCUUUUAACAAAUUAUUUUACAACAUAUAUAUCAAGAAAUACAGAUGGUAAUACAAGUCCACCAUCACAACGUAUUGCUGAUUUAUCUAUUGAUGAUGAUCGACAAACUUCAGAGACGAAUGUAACUAAAACAAUUGAAUUACUUACAGAAGCAUUUCGUGUAUGUACAAGUGAUCGUUGUACAGAACAACGUUUAUCAAGAAAUGGGAUUAGUAUUGAUAAUAAAUCUUAUCUAUUCAAAGAUGAUUAUCGAAAAGCUACUGGAUGUUUUGAUCCAAUUUUUCAACGUUAUCCUAUAUUUAUGAAAAAAAAUAAAGUAUCCAUAUUAAUUCAUUUAUGUGUAUCAAAAAUGCAAUUUGGUUAUACACCAUCAUUACAAAUUAUAGCUAAAUAUAAACUUGAUGCAUUUCAUGAUUUACUUGUUUCAAUUAAAGAAGUUUUUUUACUUCAUGUCGAAGCUUUAUAUUUAUUGGCUGUACGAAACCUAUUUCGUCAAGUAUGGUUAUUACUUAAUAAAGAAAAUAAAAUAUC